CAAAAAUAUAUAGCGGAGGAUUGUCCAUAUUUUUGGGCAUAAGAUUUGGUAACCAAAAGUGAAAAGCACAAGAAUAUAUAUCAUCAUUUUUUCUGUCGCCUGAGAAAAGCAAACGGACGGAAAAGAGGAACCAAAAACAAAAAAUGAGUGGAAUUGGUGUAGGUGGUUCUCAGUCUCAGAGCCUUCACAAUGUAUUCGUCUACGGCAGCCUCUUGGCCGACGACGUCGUUCGUGUUCUCUUGAACCGUCUUCCUCUUUCAUCCUUCGCCACCCUCAACUCCUUUCAUAGGUAUAGCAUCAAAGGACGUGUUUAUCCCGCCAUAUUACCUGUGGAGAAUAAGAGAGUCAAUGGAAGGGUUUUGAUGGGUAUCACAGACCCCGAAUUAUAUAUCCUGGAUACGUUUGAGGAUGUUGAGUAUGAAAGGCGCACCGUCGAGGUUUCACUGAAGGAUAGUUCUGAGAAUUUACUAGCUCACGCUUACGUCUGGAGCAACAAAGAUGAUCCCAAUUUAUAUGGAGAAUGGGAUUUUGAGGAAUGGAAGCGGCUACACAUGAAUGAUUUUGUGAAAAUGACAAUGGAAUUUAUGGAAGAGUUGGACCUGGCUGAGUCAAAGACAAGAGUAGCCACCUAUGAAUCCUUCUUUCAGCAGAAUGGUGAUAACCAUCCUGCGUCGUAAGUUUAUUCGAUUAUGUAUAUCAUGGUCCGCCUACAGUUUACACAUUAUUAUUUAGUAUUUGUGACUCAUUAUCUCAAUUGCGAGACUAUAAGAAUUAAUAAGAAUAAAUUAUACGUAGAAUAAAUUCUAUUAA